GUCAGUCGAAACCAGUCACUCCACCAAGACUGGUUUGCUGUAGGACCCAAAAUAAUAUUUUUUACCAUAUAGUGUAUACAAAUAAUAUUCAUUGGAAAAAAAAUAUAAACAAUGAGUAAAAAAAUUCGACGAGUAUUCAACUGGACAUUGAUAUUCACAUUUUCAUUUGUUAUUGUUUUUAUAAUUUUAAAACAAAAUCAUGAAAAAAUUGAUGAAGAAAAGGUCAAUUGGGAAGCUAGAAAUGCAAUAAGAAUUAACAAUAUAAAGAGAGUAUGUGAAAAAUAUAAUUUAGGAAUUUAUAAAAAUCAUAAAGAUGAUGGAAAAAAUAUAAUUAAAUAUCCACCAACACCACAGUACAGUGUAUUUUAUAUUGUUAAAAAAUAUGAUUUAUCAUAUUGUCCAAUAUAUAAAGCUGCUAGUACAACUUGGCUUUAUAAUAUUUGUCUUCUCAUGAGAAUACCCGAGGCCGAAUUGUCAAGUGGGCGAGAACAGAUAUCAACAAUUGCCCGGAGAGUUAUUCCUGAACUCGAUUAUCCAGAAGCCGAAGAGGCAAUGCAAGACACGACAAAGCUACUUGUUGUGAGGCAUCCAUUUGAAAGAUUGCUGAGUGCCUAUCGAGACAAACUUGAAAAUUCCAUUGCUGGAAGACAACAUGGUACACUACAUUUUUAUCGUAAAUAUGGUUCUGCUAUUGUCAAAAAAUACAGAGGAAAUGAUUUUGUCAAGCCAAGAGAUGAUCAAGUUAUUCAUCCGAUAAAUUUACCAAAACCAGCUGGAAUUGAACCAACAUGGUCGGAAUUUGUUGAUUAUAUUAUUGACACUGAACUUGAAAGUUAUGGGGAUGAUCAUUGGAUGCCAUAUUAUUUAUUUUGUACACCUUGUUCACUCAAUUAUUCUCUCGUUGCAAAGGUUGAGACACUCUAUCAAGAUCAAUUAUUUGCAUUUGAAAAAUUAGGAUUAAGUCAAUUGAUAAAACCACAUUGGAAGCAUAAAGUUGGCAUAUCAAAUGCAGCAAGAAUUUACUUUAAACAAUUAAACAUCUCACAAGUUAAUCGAUUGUAUAAUAAAUACAAACUUGAUUUCGAAAUGUUUGCUUAUUCAGUUGAUGAAUAUUUUCAAUUUACUCAUGAUUAUGCUACUGAAGAAAAUCCUUUUGAGGUUGAUUUUUUUUCAGAUGUAUAUGAUAAUGAAUAAAAUAAUUGUCAAGUCAUUUAUAUAAAUAUAUAUUUAAGUGAGGCCAAUGAUGGUCACUUAACAUUCACAAACUUUGAGGCGUUGGUAAAUCGAUCGACCCAGUUACUACCACUAUGCUUUAUAUCAAACCAAUCUCAAAAUAAAAAAAAUAUAAAAAAUAAAACACUGGCUUGAAUGAAACAUUCAAAAUAUGUAUUUAAAAUCGUCGCAUGUUUUGUAAGACAAGUUAAUUAUUUUUCAAAUUUAUUUUAAAUAAAUCAA